AUGGCUAUCUCUCAUGAUCAUUUGGCUCCCAAGAGCCAUUUAAACGAGAGUCCGAAGCAUCCGGUUGGCCAUAUCGUCUCAAAAGCGAAGCUUUUCAUAAUUGCUCUGGCAGCCACAUCAGUCUUCGUUCUCGCCGUCAUCUGGCCAAAUUCACUUCCCAGAUUUCCUCUUGAAUAUUCCGCUGAUAGACAAUUUUUCUAUAAAAACGGAGUGUGUGAACCUCUCACAACUGAUGUACAAAACAUCACUCUCUACCAAGAUGUGCCCUUGGCGCCCUCAAUACUCCCACCUUCACACGCGGCAUCGGAUGGAGAGGCGAUCAUUGAGCUGUUUCAAAAUCUCAGCAGGACAACAACCUGGAGAAGCAUUGCAAAUAUCAGCUUCGAGGGAGAUACUUUUGAGCCCGAAGGCCUUGUUCGCCUCGGUCCAGAUCGCUUCGUAGUGAGCAGCGGAGAGUACACCGAGUUGACAAAAAAAUAUCCCCAUCCCAUCAAUGGAACAGAUCGGACGCCAGGGAAAGGAUUUGCCCAUCUGAUGGUAUAUAAUGGGAAGGGAGAGCGUAUUGCUGAUGCCACUAUUACCAAUGAAGGUGCGACAGAAUAUCACAAUGGUGGAAUCGAUUAUGAUGGGCACUCGAUUUGGGGCACGACCUCGCAGUAUCGACCAAACAGCGCGGCAUAUGUGUACAAAGCCGACCCAUUCAGCUUGAAACCCAAGACUAUUCUGCGCCACAGCGAUCAUCUGGGUGGUGUUGUUCACGAUACCGUCAGCAACAGCCUCACAACGCUUAAUUGGGGAAGCCGAGAUGCGUCUACUUGGGCUCUCAACCAGAUAGCACCAGAUGACUGCUCUAUACAGAAACCACAGUUAUUGGUACGGAACCCUAGCUAUUUUGUAGACUACCAAGACUGCAAAUGGUUGGGCCGAAGCCAAUUUUACGAUGGCGCGAGUGUGAUGCUUUGUUCUGGUGUAGCUGCAUUGGACGAACAUUAUCACCUUGGUGGCAUUGCGCUGGUAGACGCUGAGACAAUGAGCCCAUUGGCCGAAGUACCGAUAACGCUUCAAAGCGCUCUUGGAGUAAGAAUGACGCAGAAUCCUGUGGAUAUUUCUGUGGAAGACGGGAAAUUGAGGUUUUACUGGCUUCCAGAUCAAAGGAACAGUACGCUGUAUGUUUAUGAAGCUGAAUGA